AUCAUGAGAUGGAAUCACAAGAUGAGGAAGAGGUGGUGCCUUCAUCCCAAGAUGAUGAGUGUUUGACUCCAGAAGAUGAUAUUGUACUUGCUCCAACACAGGCGAUGACAGAACCACUUCCUGAAUCUCAUGAUAUGGAGCUGCAAGAUGGAGAAAUUGUGGAGGAAGUUGAGAUUGGGAACGUUGUGGAAAUUGAGUACGAGAAUGUUGUGGAAACUGAGGAUCAGGAAGUUGUGGAAAUUGAGUAUGAAAGCGUUGAGGGUGAGAACGUUGAGAUUGAGGAGGUUGAGGAAGUCCAGGAUGAGGAGGAGGCUGAGGAAGUCCAGGAUGAGGAGGAGGCUGAGGAAGUCCAGGAUGAGGAGGUUGUUGAAGCUGAACAUGAAAAUAUUAACACCUCAAAAUAUCUAGAGCAAAUAACCCGUAGAGCUCACCGUUCAGAGGGAGGAGGUGCUGUCUUGGGAAUUCCAGGCACCACGAGAGUCACAAAGAGUUUUGGAGCUGGAUUGAACCCCAGAGAGAAAGAUCUUUUGGAUUUUGUUGAUGAGGGCAGAGAGAGUUUACAGGAUGUUCCAGAUGAAGCAAGAGAACCACUGGGCAGCCCUGGGUUUCCUCGGCUCCACCCUGCAGCAGAGCUCAGCACACCAGAGCAGCGGUCACAAGAAGAAGACCUGGCUGAAGAUGACCUGCCAGAGCUUGCAGGAGAUGAUGACGACGCCCAAGAAGAACUGAACCAAUCAGAGGAGGAGAAGGAGCUCAUGCACUCUGUACCAGCCGAUCAUAGCCCUGAAUCUCCACAGGAAGAGGAGGAGGAGGAGGACGACGAAGCAGAUGAUGGUGAUGAUGGUGAUGACGCUCUAAGUGCAGAAUUGUCCAUGAAGACUCCUGCAUUUGUAAGACAGAAAAGGGUUUUCGCAAGUCCUUCCACGCAGACUACACCAACAGUCCUCAAGGAAGUGAACGCUGGUCCUGCCCCUCAGGUUGCCAAACGGGCCCCCAGACAGAAGCGUCAAACAGGGGUUGAUGUUCUUCCCAAGAGUUACGUCAUGAGUGUGUUUAAACACUUUGCCAAGACCAAGGUGGCCAGUGACGUGUACCCUGCCAUUAAUGAAAUCCUUAAGAAGUACUUUGAACGGCUAGCAGAUGAUCUGGAGGCAUAUGCCACUCAUGCCAAACGUAAAACAAUUGAGGUUGAAGAUUUCGAGCUCCUAAUGAGAAGGCAGGGCUUUGUGACAGACAACACGCCUGUGAAUGUACUGAUAGAGAAAUAUCUUCCAAUGGAGUAUCGGAAACUUCUCAUCCCGGUGGCCACCAGCGGAAACAAAGUCAUCCCGAAACAAAGAAGGUGAACAUGCAGAUCAUCCUCCUUAAACACUGCAGGUGGCUCUGCGUGCGUUCUUGUAAAUAUGUUCAAGACAAUAAAUGCUUUGAUUUGUAAAUAAAAUGUGUGUAAUAUAUAUAUGCAAUUUGUUUUAUGCAGGACUGUUAAGAAAUAUGCUUUCGGUUUUCCAUUUAUUUUUUCCAAAAUGAACAUUAAAAAAAACAACAACAACAAAAAAUGUAAAUUGCAGUCCCUGUCUUAUUGUGCAUGAUUGAUCUGCACACAGUAUUCCAGAGACAAUGUGUUUUUCAUAAGCUGUCCUCAAAAUAAUUUGCCUCAGGAAUGUUUAUCCCUUAG